AUGGAUGCGAAAGGGUUUGAGGAUAUUUUACUCGAGUUUUUCCUAGUAAUUGAGCGUAUCAAACCACUUAGCAGAGCUAUACGAGACAUUCUUUUCCUGUAUGGGGACAGAGGAAUUAUUGUUAGCUCUUUGCAAGACUUGAAACGCGGGGCCGUAUGUCGCUCGAGCAUAUUCAACUCCCCCGGUUUAUACCCGCAUAGCAUACGAAAGAACCUUGAGAAAACAAGAAAGGCAAGACAGGAUAGAAAGAUGCGCGAAGAGACCUCUGAACUCUCUCGGUCAGGUCCAAUAGCGGCAGCAGUUGUAGACGCUGCACCCUUUUCAUUUACUACAACAACAACAACCGUAAUCUCGGAACCAUCCCUCGACGCACCUCUUAAAAUUGCAUCCUCUCCACCCCAGCCUAACGAUUAUUUCUACUUUGCAUAUGGUUCUAAUCUCUCCCACUCCCAAAUGUGCCAGCGUUGCGUCUUUAAUCCAGCCAUCUCAGCCAAGCCCCUCGCGAUCGCGCGCCUAGACCGGUGGAAGUGGUUCAUAUGUGAGGCCGGGUAUGCGAACGUUCUGCCUCCGGACUCUCUUUCUAAUCCAUCUCUGGAAGCUGACGACGAAGUUGUUUACGGAGUUCUUUACAAAAUGACCCCUGAGGAUGAAGAUCUCUUGGACAGAUAUGAGGGAGUGGACCGUUCAGCACCACCCACCCCGCCAGAUGGCCCAGUUGGCAGACAUAUGCGCCCUCGCGAACAGGGCAAGGGGAGUUAUAAUAAGUGGUAUGUUCCUGCGACGGUGGUUAAGUGGUUGGAUGAGAGUGUGAAUCUAGAGUGGGAUGAGGCGCAGGAGCUGACGGUUUUGGUGUAUGUUAAUGAAUAUAAAGUGAAGGAGGGUCCGCCGAAGCAGGAGUAUAUAAGGCGCAUGAACAGGGGAAUUAGAGAGGCGGAGGCGCUGGGGUUUCCUGCUGACGCUAACUGGGUGGAGAGGGUUAUGAGGAGGUUUAUACCGAAUGGGCCAGAUGCGGGGCUAGAGUCAUAG